GUUUGGCUUAAGAAAAGGAUGUUAUUCUGAUGUGGAAUCUGGAUACUCUCUUUAUUCCACUGACUUUGGCAAUCAGGUUGAUACUGUUCAUAAUGGACUGGACCGUUGUGCAGCCUUACUGAAGAAUAUCUUACAAAGCGAGGCUACAGUGCCAAUAUCAGAUAGAAAACUUGCCUCAUCCACCACACCUUCUACUGAGAAUGAACUUCCCAGUGCAGCACAGAACCAGAUGGUUCAGCCAAUUCAUGUGCCUUGCGGUCAACACUCUCCUGUGAUGCAUGAGAAACUGUGCGAGCAUGUGCAAACUCAGAUGUCUCUGAUAACUGGCCAACCACCACACAACAGUAAUGAAACUCCUACUGUAACUCCUUUUCCUACCUCAAAUCACGGAUGUCAAAAUGUUACAGCUUUUAAUUAUCGAUUACCUGCUUGCACAUCAGCUCUGUCCCUGCAGCAUUCAGCUGAUCCCUUGUCUACUCAGUCAGAUGUUCCUGUAGACAGUGGCAAUGAAUGUGUGCCAAAGAUGGGAGGACCUGUGGUUUGCCCUGUAGUUUCUGCUGCUUCUACUACUGCUGUGCAAAUACAGUCUGCUACUGCUCUUCCUAGUGUGAUCCCUUGUAUAGCAUCAGGUGCAUCAAGUAACUCUACAGUGCCUACAUUGAUCCCAUCAUCUUCUGGCAGAGAGAUGACCCCAAACCACAAACAACAGAUGAAAGAAGCAGAUUUGAUAAGAUGCAUACAAGCUCACCUGGCCCUGUUACAGUCACAUGAAGUGAUGAACAGCAGGACUGAACAGAAGUGCUAUUGUCAUUGUCCUGCAAAACAUAAUGCUUCAAGUAAUGAGGAGGAGGAUACUUCUGAAGAACACAGCGAGGACAUGGUCAACAAAGAAGAUGAGUUGAAUGUACUUGACAUAGCCCCAGAGAGAGAUGCAAGCUGUAAGACAAGUUCUGUGAAUAAAGUUCUAAAAUCUAGAGAAGAAAGUCCAGAAGAAACAGCCCAUCAAGUUAAGACUGUAAAGUAUCUCCUGGGAGAGCUCAGAGCACUGAUAACAGAUCAAGAUGAUUUGGAAAUGUUAAGGUUGAUGAGUGAAAUAGAAGACUGCAUAUCAUUGCUCCCAGUUGUAGUGGGAAGUACAAAUGUGCAAGCUGAAAUAGCACUAGCUUUACAGCCUCUCAGGAGUGAAAAUGCACAGCUGCGUAGGAGACUAAGAGUAUUAAACCAGCAACUUGGGGAACGAGAAAGAAGUGAGAAGACAUCUGGUCAGAGCUGCAACUAUGAAUUAGUUUCAUGGCAGUCCUUGAAUAUGAUGCUCCAGAGUCAAUUGAAAGAAUCACUAAAAGGCCUUGAGUCACUACAAGCUAAAAAUGAAGAACUAUUUAAAAUAAUAGAAAGUCAGAAAGAAGAAAAUAAACGUCUUGCAAAGAAUGUUCAAGAUAAAGAAGUAGAAUUGCUUGAAAACAAACAGCAGUAUGACAUUCAUUCUACCAAGCUUAAGAUUGAAGUGGAAGAGGCAUUAGCAAAUGUGAAGAGCCUUCAGUUUAAGCUAGAAGCUUCAGAGAAAGAAAAUAAGAUUUUGGGUAUAACGUUACGUCAGCGUGAUGCAGAAGUUAACAGAUUGCGUGAAUUAACCAGAACCUUGCAGGGCAGUAUGGCCAAGCUGUUGUCUGACCUCACAGCAGACAACAUUAGACCCAAACCUGAAAAAGGUCUCUCAAAGUCCCUUUUGGAAGACUAUGAAAAGCAAAUGCAACCUGAUCCAUUUCCUGGGAGUACUUCAGUAAUCACUUACCUACAAAAUCUAGAAAUGGAUCAUAUUUUGACAGAUACAGAACCUCAAUUCUCAGAUAAAACUGGAGAAUUAGAAAUGCAAAAUCUAGCCUGUGAAAAGUUUGCUGCUGAAGGAAGUAAAAUAAACAGCACAUUCUCAGAAGUAGCAUCAACUCCCAGAACACUACGAACCUCACUGAAGCAAGAUGCAGAAACAGCCAGUGAUUCUGGGACUUUACUAGAUGACCAAAACAAGUUGGAUGAGACUCUUUAUAUUGCAUUGACUAGCAGUGCUGCUAUAAAGCAGCAGCCAAUCUCUGAAAGAACUGGUGCACAACCCCAGGGUAGAGGGUCUUGUAAGAUGUUGGACUACCACCGUGAGCUUUCAAACUCUAUGCAGCAGAAUGGGUGUGAUAUCUCAAAGGAUCCAGCUGUUCUGGAUAAAUUAAGUGCUGGGUACAGUGUGAAAAAGACUAUGGAAAGCUCGUUUGAAGUUACAGGGGAUAAAGUGAAGCCAGAAGGAGAAAAAGUCCAGAUGAGGCCCACAGGCAUUCCAAAUGGAGCUGCAAAAGACUCCACAGAUAAACCAGACCAACCUCAGCCUGGUACAUACCCUCGCAUACCAGUGCUAUUUCUGAAAGAGAUUUCUCAGAAGAAAGGCAGUGAAAUAGCUGAUUUCAGUUCCAUUUCAUUUGAUGAUAUAUCUGGGAAGUCUGAGUGGAGCGCAUCCUCUUACUCAACGUUUACUUCUCGAGAUGAAGAGGACUUUAAAAAUAGCUUAGCAGCCUUGGAUGCCAACAUAGCUAAGUUACAAAGAACUCUGCAAAACAGUAUGAUGAAACAAUGA